AUGAGCGACGCGCUGGUCGACGACCUCGAUAAGAGGGUGCUUGUAUACCUCCGCGACGGUCGUUUUUUUCUCGGAUAUUUGCGGUCGUUUGAUCAGUACGGAAACUUGACUCUUGAAGAUGCCACUGAGCGGGUGGUCGUCAAUGAUGAGGCGUUCGCAGAUAUUCCACGAGGACUGCAAGUGUUCCGCGGUGAAAAUGUGGUGCUUUUUGGAGCGGUCGAUUCCGAGCAGAGAGAGUUAGAGUUUCUGAGAAAACUCCGCCGCGUCACAGAGGAGGAAAUCCGGCGCAUGGAACAGGCGGUAGCGGAAGAUCACGCGGCACUCCGGCGCAGGGAGCGGCUUGAAUGGCCUGCCUUCGACGAUGGUGCCCUCUGA